ACUUAUUCUCGUCUCCACAUCUCACCACAUAUCUGAUAUUAGCUUUAGCGGCCUAAAUUCGAGUGUGUUCCAGUGUGAGGUGCUGUUCGCCCCCCUGAGCCGCUGUUUGGCGGCGGAGGUCUGCGCUGCAGUGGUACAUUCGCAGUAAAAUGGGUGUGGUUGACUCGCGCAUAUAUGAUGCUACGUGUUUCUGCUGCAGACCGACUGAUUUCAUAUGGGACUAAAUUGACAUCAGAGUGAGCGGCACAUUAUCUGAAUGAUUUAGAAAACAACUGUAACGUUACUGUUGUUUCUGUUGAAUUCACCCCGCCUCCUAUUCUGGCACAGUCACACAUUUGAACUGAUGGAUGGGUUAUGCGCCUCCGGAGAGAUAGCCAAGUCGGUUUUGGUUUCUUCAUUUUAAUUUAUUUAAAAGGCCACGGCCUCGCGUUGUAUUGAACUGGUCAUUUCUUGGACGAGGAGCAACGCUCAAAACGAAGAGACCAGAAGGAGAAGACAGAGGAAGACGACACUCGGGAGGAUCAAGCAACGCAGUAUAAAGACAAUGACGGCAUGUGCUUGAUUUGAAAGCUUUACUCUAUUUGAACUUAUUACAUCUGUCGGCAAUUUACACCAUUUAAGGAGCAAAAUCAUUUUCCUCUUUCAAAAGCAAAGUGUACUGAAACCAGGAAUACCGUGGAAAAGGCUUUUUUUCAAUCCUCAGUAAACGACAGGGCGACAUGGUAGCGCUGUACUUCAUGAUAACAUCGUUUUGAUUCGUUUCACACAUGAAAGACACCGUUGCCGAGGCCUAACUAGCACUAGGAGAAAACCCACAGUAUGCAGUCCUAAACAUUUUCCAGCAGAAAAAUUCCCUGCGAAUUACUUCCGCAACGCACUUCAGCAUUCCUCUUACUUUACGCGGAGAUUGAAGCCAAACAGGAAGAUUAACAGGUGUCUGCGGGGGUGAGAGAGGUCAGAGGGUAAAGGUUAAAGGCCAUUUCAAGAUGAGUGAGCUCGAGCAGCUUCGUCAGGAGGCUGAGCAACUGCGCAGUCAGAUCAGAGAUGCCAGGAAAGCAUGUGGAGACUCCACACUCACUCAGAUAACAGCGGGCCUGGAUCCGGUGGGGAGGAUACAGAUGAGGACGAGGCGCACACUGCGUGGGCAUUUGGCUAAAAUCUACGCCAUGCACUGGGGCACAGACUCCAGGCUUCUUGUUAGUGCCUCACAGGAUGGAAAACUCAUUGUCUGGGACAGCUACACUACGAACAAGAUGCAUGCCAUCCCGUUACGGUCAUCAUGGGUGAUGACGUGUGCGUAUGCGCCGUCAGGAAACUUUGUGGCCUGUGGCGGCCUAGACAACAUUUGCUCCAUAUACAGCUUAAAGACUAGAGAGGGCAAUGUUCGAGUCAGCCGAGAGCUGCCUGGACACACAGGUUACCUUUCCUGUUGCCGUUUCAUAGAUGACAAUCAAAUUAUCACCAGUUCAGGAGACACAACCUGUGCUCUGUGGGACAUUGAGACUGGUCAGCAGACCACACUGUUCUCAGGUCACAGUGGAGAUGUGAUGAGUCUGUCAUUGGCUCCAGAUUCACGGACCUUCAUCUCGGGGGCCUGUGACGCCUCCAUUAAACUCUGGGAUAUCAGAGAUAGCAUGUGCAGACAGACGUUCACCGGACACGAGUCCGACAUCAACGCUGUCUGUUUCUUCCCCAGCGGCAGUGCGUUCGCAACUGGUUCUGACGACGCCACCUGCAGGCUGUUUGACCUGCGCGCGGAUCAGGAGCUGUGUUUAUACUCUCAUGAUAACAUCAUCUGUGGCAUCACCUCUGUGGCCUUCUCCCGCUCUGGCCGUCUGCUGCUCGCCGGCUACGAUGACUUUAACUGUAACAUCUGGGACGCCAUGAAGGGAGACCGAGCAGGAGUGCUGGCUGGCCAUGACAAUCGUGUGAGCUGUCUUGGGGUCACAGAUGAUGGCAUGGCUGCAUGCACAGGUUCCUGGGACAGCUUCCUGAAGAUCUGGAACUGACCACACACACAGCUCUAUUGUACACAUUAUUUACUCAUCACACACAAUGUAUGUACUUUACUGUACAUAUGAUAUACACUUGCCUACACAGACACAUGGCUGACAAAUAAACUGUACAUACUAUAUAUAAUUAGUUACACGUUUACACCAAACUCUAUAGUGCGACAUCAUUCUAUAUAUAUAUAUAGUCACACUAUAUAGGUAGGUUUGGACCACAAGUUUGAAACAGGAAUGUUUACACACACUUACUUCCCCCCCCUUAGGCUUUGCUGGACCUACAUGGUACCUUCACUUACUAAGAGACACAAGUACAUGUGGAGAAAUGUGCAUUUGAGUGAGCGGUCUAAUUUGAGCGUACAAAUCCAAAACAUUUCUGUGACCUGCUUUAUUUUGAGACUGAACCUUGAGCUCGGAGUGAUGGGUGUUGAUCCAUUAAAGAGCAAUUUUUGUUCUUACUUCCAUUGCCAUCUAUAAUAAAAAAUAAGCCUAAAGUACUAAUGUUUCCAUGAGCAUGUAGAGUUGAAGAGAUGGAAGACCUGUGACAGUUACCCACCAAGAGUCGAUUCAGAUCACACUUUAUGUAGUCCAUGUUUUUUUAGCUGCGUAUGCCAGGCAUAUUUCAGUAUACAAGUAAAUAUAUGAUGUUUUGUCUUUAAUUUUUGUUUAGAUUUCACAUUUUUAAAAAGCUUUUAUUCAUGUUUACCUGUGUGCCACACCCUAAGGAGAAUAAAGAAAACUAAAAACUAAUCAAUAAAAAUCUGUAUCACUAAAUAUGUGACCACA